UGGGUUGUUUUUAAACGGCUGCGUGGCAACCCAGCGCGAGCACAAGGAGGAGGAGUGGAGAGGAGAGGAGAGGAGCAAGGUGGUGGGGCAACGUCAACCCACAGAGAACAGCGGGACGAGUCGUUACGGUCAGAGCAUUAAGACGACAGGUUGAGUGAAAGGAAGAGGAAAUACGGCUCGUUUCUAGCGCCUGUUCGUAGCUUUGAGUGGAAGCAGCCGUUGCCGCUAGCUGCUGCCGAGAGUGAGCGGCGGGCUUCAGUUCAGGUGGAGGAAGAGGCGUUCAGGUGCUGCCGCGGAGCAGGAUGGUUCGGUGCCGCUUCUGCCACUGAUGUCCAUUAUCCCUCACUCGGACAAGAAACAAACAUGAAGGACACGGGAGAGUCGAAAGACCAGCAACUAACUGUUGCCUUGAGGAUCAGACCCCUCAGCGAUGCUGAACAGGAGGAGGGGUCCACGAUUGUGGCGCACAGAGUGGACGACCAGAUGGUAGUUUUGAUGGACCCCAUGGAAGACCCCGAUGACGUCCUGCGUGCCAACCGCUCCAGAGAGAAGACAUACUUGUUUGACGUGGCAUUCGAUUUUUCCGCCAGUCAGGAAGAGGUGUACCGAGCUACAACCAAAGACCUGAUUGAAGGCCUCAUAUCAGGAUACAACGCCACAGUGUUUGCAUACGGACCCACAGGAUGUGGGAAGACGUACACCAUGUUGGGGACAGACAAAGAACCCGGCAUUUACGUCCGAACGCUCAACGACCUGUUCCACGCCAUCGAGGAAACCAGUGACGACAUGCUCUACAGCGUCUCCAUGUCUUAUCUCGAGAUCUACAAUGAAAUGAUCCGUGACCUCCUGAACCCAUCGUCUGGCUUCUUAGACCUCAGAGAAGACUCAAAGGGCGUCAUUCAGGUCGCAGGCAUCACUGAGGUGUCCACCAUCAACGCUCAAGAGAUCAUGGAGUUGCUCGUGAAGGGCAACAAGCAGCGCACGCAGGAGCCGACCGCGGCCAACCAGACAUCCUCCCGCUCCCACGCCGUGCUGCAAGUAGCGGUCAAACAGCAGAGCCGCUCUCGCGACGUCUCGCAGGAGGUCCGCUUCGCUCGCCUUUUCAUGAUCGACCUCGCUGGCUCGGAGCGAGCAGCACAGACUCAGAAUAGAGGUCAGAGGUUAAAAGAAGGAGCCCACAUUAACCGCUCCCUGCUCGCUUUGGGCAACUGCAUCAACGCUCUGAGCGACAAAAACGGAAAUAAAUACGUCAACUAUCGAGACAGCAAGUUAACUCGUCUCCUGAAGGAUUCCUUGGGUGGGAACAGCCGAACGGUCAUGAUCGCUCAUAUCAGCCCGGCGUCCACAGCUUUCGAGGAGUCCCGGAACACCCUGACCUACGCUGACCGUGCCAAAAGCAUUCGAACGCGGGUGAAGAAGAACCUGAUGAACGUGUCCUACCACAUCGCUCAGUACACCAACAUCAUCUCAGACCUGCGCUGCGAGAUCGAGCGGCUCAAAAAGAAGAUCGCAGAGCAGUCGAGCCGACAGCUUAGCUCAGAGCGAGCCGACAUCCGCAACAUCCAGGCUGAGGUCCAGGCCCAUGCCAGCCUGCAAAGCCGAGCGGACUUGGAGCAGCUCCGGGAGCAGCUCCUGAACGCUUUCCGCCAGCAGAUGGACAUCAGGAAGAGCCUGAUGGAGCUGGAGAACUCCAACAUCGAGAUCCAGAUCGACAAAUCCAAACACCUCCUCAUCAUCACAGACUGGGAGCAGGAGAGGAGCCGGCGCCGGAGCAAGUGGCGAGCGGAGAGGAGGAAGGAGAGCGUCAAGAAGGAUGAAAGCGAGAAGGACUCUGACUCCACCGAGUCUCCCCCAGACACCACAGAGACCCAGGAUGUGGUGCUGGCCCGGGAAAACCUGGCCUUCCUGGCUGCAGAGCAGAAGAAGAUUCAGAAGCAGAAGGUCGGCUUACUUUUCGUCUCCUCUUUGAAUUUAUAUCGUCAAAUAGUUGUUGAUUUUGCUCCCCGUCAUCAGAACUUGCUGGAGCACCAGUUUGUGGAGCUCCGGGAUCAAGCCCGCCGCCUGGAGGAGCUGCUGCCUCGGAGGGUGAGCUCAGAGGAGCAGCGGGAGGUGCUGGGCCUCCUCUGUAAGGUCCACGAGCUGGAGAUCGAGAACGCCGAGAUGCAGUCGCACGCGCUGCUGAAAGACAACGUCAUCCGACAGAAAAACUUUGUGGUGCAGCGCUUUGAGCAGUACAGACAGCUGUGUGACGAGAUCAUUCAGAAGCAGAGACAGUUCAUCGAUGACCACAGUCUGCCGGUGCCUCCACAUCUCCAGGAGCUUUAUGACAUGUACAUGAGGGAGCUUGAUGACAGGAAGUUGGACAGAGUCAUGGCCCUUGAUAAGAUGUCCAUCCGACACACCAUCAAGGACGGCUCCCUGCCGAGGAUCGCCCUUCCUGUUCUGGGUAGCGACAGCAUGCAGGAUAUCGACUCGGACCAGGACAGCCUUCGCAACAUGUCCGACAGCAACCGGGGACAGGCGCGGAUGCGCAGACACACUCUGCCCCCCAUCCUGCCCGAGCCUGAGCCAGUUUUUAGGAGCAGCCCUCACAUCAGACCCAUGAAGACCUCCACUGUGAUGACCCCACCCCCAAUCCACAUCAACGGGAAAGGCAACAGAGAGCCUCUGGCUCCAGACAGUUUCCUGAGCUACAGUCAUCUCAGCCACAGCGUCAGCAGCCACCUGGACUCAUCGCCCGAGAGCAGCGAGGCCGGCGCUGACAUCCACCUGCCACGAAACGACCGCCAACAGUUCCGAAAGGGAGGUCAGAGCAUUGCGGUGAAAGCAGCGCGUCGGCGCUCCAAAGCCCUGGAGGUAGACGUCCUGCGGCUGCCGCACGCCCCCUCUCCUUUGGACCCCAAGAAGCAAAAGAGCAACCUCUCUCUGAGCGAGGCGCCCCCUAGAGGCCUCCCGACCCGGCGUGGGAGACAGCCCAGCCCCGAGCUGAGACACGCCACCUCAGACGACAACCUGUCCAGCAGCACGGGGGAGGGGCCCGGCCUGCAGGCCACCUGGACACGCCCCCGCAACCGUCAGGUCACCACCAAGACGCAGACGCCUCGGGACGUCGACUUCGAAGCUCGCCGCAAGAAGAGACGUUCACGAUCAUUUGAGGUUACCGGCCAAGCUCUGCCCCAGGCCAAAACAACCACAGCUCAGAGGUUUCGCCCUCUGGACAGCACAUCUGACCCCCACCUUCACAUCAACGGUCCCCCUAUGCUCCGCCCCCACUGCAGAGGAGUCCCGCCCCUCACUAAAGUCAGGCCCCCCCACAUCGCCCCACAAGCAGGCUGCAACGCCGAGUCCUCCACCAGCACCACGAAGCGAGGAGCUCAACUGCGGCAGCCGCAGCCCCUCCUCUACAUCACCACCACAGGCGCCGGGGCGCAGCGCACACGCCGACACUGAGUCCCCCAUCGAGGCGUGAGGCGGCGACCUCUCCUGCUCUGAGAAAUAAAACCGAUAGAAUGUAGGACACUAACCAGACGCAGGCUGGAUGCCUCAGCACUGACCCCCCUGUAUGUUCAUCACGGGGGUGCAGACAGAAUAAAAGUCUUAAGUAGA